CAACCCGCACGGCAGGCAGGCAGGCAGGCCUGAGGCCAAUCGCGGCGGCUCUUGGUGCAGCACGCAACCGGCCGAAUCUCGCGCCGGCGGGGCAGGCCACGCUUCUGCACGAAGCUCCCCUUGGACACCUUCCCCAGACAAGAGACGACCGGCCUCGUAAGCAUCGCCACCUUCCUUCUUCAUCUCUCUGUCUGUCUGUCUGUCCGUCUUCUUCCCCAGUUGAACACUCCCCCCGAUCUAAGUCAACGGAUCGAUUCUGUGCAUGUUCUUGCUUCGUCGCUAAGAUCUCACCGCCCUGCACCUCCUUUAUAUCCAGCCCGGCUCCUGCAGACAGAUCUCGGAGUCUAGCAUCGCGUCGAUUCUCUUUUCAUCAUCUUCAUCGGGUUGAGUUGAUCCAACCCACCACACCAUCUUCGUCAGCGUUUCGAGCCACGCUCGAACAUGGCCUCCUCGCGCUACCAAGUCGAGAUCACCCUCAUCGGGGCCAAGGACCUCAAGAACGUCAACUGGCGCCACGGCUCUCUCAGGCCUUACGCCGUCGUCUGGGUCGACCCCAACAACAAGUCCUCCACCCGGGCCGACUCCGAGGGCGACUGCUUCCCCGUCUGGGAGCAGACCCUCCAGAUCCCGUUGCCGCCGGGGACCGCCGUCGACGACGCCACGCUGCACGUCGACGUCGUCCACGCCGGUUCCGAGGACGGCACCAAGGCGCUGAUCGGCUCGGCCCGGCUCAGGCUGAGCGACGUCCUCGAGGACGACGAUGGGUACGGCGGCGGCGACGGGCGCGCCAAGAAGCGGAGCCUCCCGCUGAAGCGACCCUCGGGCAGGCCCCACGGGAAGGUCGACGUCAAGGUAGCGGUGAGGGAGACGCGCUACCGGGCCCCUCCCGCUGCCUAUGGGGUCCCGCCGCCAGCGGCGAGCAGGGAGUACUCGAGCAGGGACUACACGAGCAGGGAGUACACCGCUCCUCCGGCAUACACCGCUCCUCCAGCAUACACCGCCCCGCCGGCGUAUACCGCUCCGCCGGCGUACGGGUCGGCAUACGGCAACCCGUAUGCACCGCCACAGCCUCAGUAUGAGCGGCAGGAUCCAUACUACGCGUCGGCUCCGCCGGCUGGGUACCCGAGCUACAGCGGGACGUCGUACGGCCAGCAGCCACCGAGCUACGGGCAGGAAGAGAAGAAGAAGAGCAAGUUCGGGGGGAUGGGGAUGGGGACGGGAUUGGCCGUCGGUGCCGUCGCCGGGGUGCUGGGUGGGAUCGCGCUGGUCGAGGGGGCUGAGUACGUGGAGAACAAGAUCGCCGACGACGCGGCCGAGAAGGUCGAGGACGACGGCGACGACUACCGAGACGACGGCGACGGCUACCAAGACGACGGCGACGACUACUAUUAGUCACUACUGUUUGUCUCGAUUUCGUGUUUCCGAUCACCGUCUGUAUUAUGGGAUGAAUUAUAUCGUCCCUUGAUCUUUCUCUAUGUCAAAUUUUUUGGCUUUUACUCCCAAUCUGCACAUCGAUCCACAACGAGGGACGAAUCAAGCA